AUGUCAAAGCCAACAAUCCUCGGCGUCCAUGGUGCCUGGCACUCGGGCGCACACUUUCAGCCGCUGAAAGAGCACUUGGUUCAACACGGCUAUAAAUUCAUUGCUGUGCAGUUGCCUUCCAUGCAUUACGCGGAGCUGGAUCGUCCACCGCCGACUCAUAUUAAAGACGACGUUGAGGCCAUUCAGGCCGCUGUACUGACCGAGCUCGAAUCCACUCCUGAGACCGACGUUGCGGUGCUCACACACUCAUACAGUGGCCUGCCAGGGUCCGCCGCAGUCGAAAAGCUCGAUAAGAAAUCACGGAAGGCGGCUGGAUUCAAGAACGGGAUCUCUGCAUUACUGGUCAUCGCCGGCCUGCUCAUCACUGAAGGCAUUUCUGGGUUCGACUGGGCAAACGGAAUCAUCCCGCCAACCAUUAUAUUGUCAUACAUACCGUCUCCGGUGGACGGCAAGACACAGAUCGAGAUAUCGGAGCCGAAUCCUGAGCCAGGUCCGGUGGAAUUGUUCUAUCAUGACAUUCCUCUGAAGGAUGCUGAGUAUUAUGCUUCGCUGCUCAUCCCACAAGUCUGGACUGUCUAUCGUACCCCAGUGCCCUUCGCAGGCUUCAAGAUCGUACCGUCUUAUUACUUGCUCACGGAGGAUGACAGGUCUUUGCCCCCGGAGUGGCAGAGAUUGAUCGUCAAGAUGGCGGACGAAGCAACACUGCUGGCAGAUCCGAAGGGUCUGAAGCUUGUAGUCGAUACCGUUCAUGCAGGUCACAGUCCUUUCCUGAGUAAAGUGGAGGAAACCGCCUCUUGGAUCCGGAAGAGUCUUGGGGAGCAGUUGUGA